AGAGCUAGGAGGAGGAGGUGGAGGCCGGAGGGAGCCCGCGCUCGGGGCGGCGGCUGGAGGCGGAGAGCCGAGUUCCCGCGAGGUUCAAUGACUUGAACAGGCGCCGGAGCCGCACUGCCUUUCUCGUGGCCUGGGCCGGUGGUGACCGCGGAGCUCUUGGACCUCGGGCGGGCCGGCGAGCCCCUCCGUCUCCCGUGGCCGGGUGAAGAGAAGGCGGAGGAGCGGGCACCGCGGCGGCGCUCGCGCGGCGCCUGCGGGGGGAAGGGCAGUUCCGGGCCGGGCCGCGCCUCAGCAGGGCGGCGGCUCCCCCGGCGCAGACUCAGGGCCCGACCGCGCCGGCGACUGGAGGAAUCCGGCUGUUCGCUCGGGGAUGUCCGCGUGAGCAGCGGGCCUGGGCCAUCGCCCCUCGGCGGCAGCUCCCGGCCAAGGCCGCACGGGCGCCCUCGCGGCAGGGAGGCUUCGUUUCGGUUUCGCGGCGCGGCGGCGUUGUUGGCAGAGGGGACCCGGGACACCUGAAUGCCCCCGGCCUCGGCUCCUCCGACGCGAUGGGGAAGGUGCUAUCCAAAAUCUUCGGGAACAAGGAAAUGCGGAUCCUCAUGCUGGGGCUGGACGCGGCCGGCAAGACCACGAUCCUGUACAAGUUGAAGCUGGGCCAGUCUGUGACCACCAUCCCUACGGUGGGUUUCAACGUGGAGACGGUGACUUACAAAAACGUCAAGUUCAACGUGUGGGAUGUGGGCGGCCAGGACAAGAUCCGGCCGCUCUGGCGGCAUUACUACACCGGGACGCAAGGUCUGAUCUUCGUGGUGGACUGCGCCGACCGCGACCGCAUCGAUGAGGCCCGCCAGGAGCUUCACCGCAUUAUCAAUGACCGGGAGAUGAGGGACGCCAUAAUCCUCAUCUUCGCCAACAAGCAGGACCUGCCCGAUGCCAUGAAACCCCACGAGAUCCAGGAGAAACUGGGCCUGACCCGGAUUCGGGACAGGAACUGGUAUGUGCAGCCCUCUUGUGCCACCUCAGGGGAUGGACUCUAUGAGGGGCUCACAUGGUUAACCUCUAACUACAAAUCCUAAUGAGCAUUUCUCCACCCAACCCCCCGGAAGGAGAGAAAUCAAAAACCCAUUCAUAGGAUUAUCACCACCAUCACCUCUUUCAAUGGCCACUUUCUCUUCUUUUGAAUCUGAACUCUGGAGUUUACUGUUCUACGGUUUAGGGG